AUGACUUGUGUUUUGCCUUCAUGUUCUUCUACUGUUUUGACGCUUACCAAACUUGUACUUAAACGAAUUCCUUUAAAGACUUCUCGGCAUUUCUCUCAUUCUCCAUUUCUUCAAAAGGAUCAUAAAUUGACUGAAAUUUUAAAUAAGAAAAAUAAAAGAGGAAAACUUUUGCCUGUUGGAAUUAAGAAGAUUGAAAGCAAAAAGCCUGUGGCUAAUGUCUUUGAUGGAAUUUGUUUGGAACGUUUUGCUGCUUCCGUUGGUAAAGAUAUUGACUCCCUUAUUGAUGUAAUUACUCAAAUAGCUUCGGAAAACAAAGCAGAUGUAAUCAUUUCCAAUCCUGAAGCGCCACUAGAUCGCGAAUUAAUUCUCGAUGUGAUCUCCUAUCUCAAAAUGCGUCCAGUUUGGGUUCCUCCACCUCCAAAGGAAGAAAUUAUUGAUGAAUCUGAAUUUCAACUUUGCCCACAGCCUCCACCCGCUCCAUCAGAACUUCAAAAGAGAGCUCCUAUUGUGGCAAUAAUGGGGCAUGUGGAUCAUGGGAAAACAACAUUACUGGAUUCUCUAAGACGCUCAAACAUUGUUGCCCAGGAAUUUGGUGGAAUUACUCAACACAUUGGGGCAUUUUCUGUUAAACUCUCUUCUAUCGGAAAUCUUCCUGUCACCUUUCUUGAUACUCCUGGACAUUCUGCUUUCAAGGCGAUGAGACAAAGAGGAGCUCAGGCUACUGAUCUAGUCGUUUUAGUUGUAGCCGCAGAUGAUAGUGUGAUGGAACAAACUGUGGAGGCUAUAAGAUACGCUAAAGAAGCUGGAGUUCCCAUAAUUGUGGCAGUCAAUAAAUGUGAUAAACCUACAGCCAAUCCUGAACAAGUUUUGAAUGAUUUGUUGAAGCACGACAUAAUUUCUGAACAAUUUGGUGGGGAUACUCAAGUUGUGAAUAUAUCGGCGCUUACUGGACAAGGAAUUGAAAACCUUUUGGAAGCUAUAUUACUCCAAUCAGAAAUUAUGCAACUAAGUUCAACACCAAAAGGUUUAGUAGAAGCUACAAUUGUUGAAUCAACUAAUUUGCCUGAUCUCGGUUUAGUCUGUACAGCAAUCAUAAAUAGAGGAACUUUAAAGAAAGGAACAAUUUUGGUUGCUGGAACGUGUUAUGGACAAGUUAGGACGUUAUCCAAUGAAUUUGAUAAGUUUUUGGAUGAAGCUGGACCGAGUACUCCUGUUAGGAUUAGUGGUUGGAAAGACGAAUUACCUCCACCUGGGGCCUAUUUCAAUUGUCCACAGAUUCUGCAUUCUGUGCACAGAACACAGAUUCUGUGGAAAUUCUGUUUCAAUUAA